UGAGGCUGCUGAAGAGACCUGAAUCACCUCGAUCUGCUUUUGUAUGGGGCCUUCUGCCAAGAGUGCCCAUCUUCCAAUUCUGACUUCAGUCUACCACUUCUUGGAUGGGGAAGGUGUGAUGCAAUUGUUGUUGUUUUUUCCAGAAACACAGAGUAGAAGAUGUGAAUGAGGAGGGUUGGAUCUAUUUCUGUACUAGAGCAAGAAUUGUGGAGUCAACCUUCUAAUCACUAUGGCCCCUGGCAAAAAUCAAGCGGGAACAGACAAAAAAGACGAGCUGUCUUUCUCAGUCUCUUACUGUCGGAGUCAAGCAGAAGAACACUCUGUUCAUUGGAGGAAAGAGCUUCUCAACGGCCAAGUCCUCAUGGUCCUCUCUGCUCGCAAGGCCUGCUCUCCUGCCUGUUUUGAUACAAAUCUUUGUGCAGCGAGACUGAAAAGCUUGGGAAUCCAGAUGACAACGGACCAGUGGAGACAUUUAAUUCAGUCUGCGGUUCUGGAGCCAGAAGUGAGGAAGUACAUGUUCUACAACUCCAGAGCAUUUGGGAUAGUUGUUACUGUGGUGUUCUAUGUAACUCUCUGGAUAAACCUUUAUUCCACACUGAAGAUAUAUUCUUUAGGACAGGACUGGAAAAUCAGUAUCUUGGUUACCUUAGCAGCCCUUGUGGCUGCCUUGGCCAUCAGGUUCAUCAUUCAUCAGCAGCAGGGGAAGAUGAAUAUGAAUACGGACAUGAGACUGGCAGCUGCCAACGAAGUUUUCAUGGAGCAUGAAUUGCUGGUGGGAGUCACUGAUAAACUGGAUCAACUUCACAGCAUUCCACAGCUAUGGUUUGUUCAUUUCAAUGUGAAAGCAUGUCUUCAGUCUUUAGAAGAGUCAAUUACAGCAAUGAAGCAGAACCAGAAGUCUGCUUUGCAGCACAACCUGGAUGAGCUCAGCCUUGUAACAGAGACCGCAAUCUUCCCAGCACAGGAGGAAAAAGCUGAAAGCUCUUUAGAGGAGUCACCAUUGCUGCCCGACACCGAGAAUAAAAACAAAAGUGCCCUGACACGUCGAGAGCUCCUUCAGCUUAUCCCAGGUGGAGCCCCUAAGGUAAUAGCCCACCAGCUGACGACGAUCUACAGCAGCUAUUACGUCAGGCUCUUGGUAAGCGGCCAGCUGCCGGAGGUCCCGGUGAGACGGCAUAUAAUGUUCAACCACAUCCCCUGCCUCUGCCAAUUUAUUGAAUUCACAGUGCUGGGGAAGAGAUCGUUUUCGUUCAAGCUGAGAUGACAAACAAAAGUGGCCUGCUGCCAGUUCAACUUGGAUCCAUUCUCUCUGCGAACAGCGUCAAUGAGCAGAGAAAGGAGAGAACAUCUGCAAUGGGGGGCGGGGGCGGGGGUGGAAAGCCAAUUGUUCUCCUUAAGACAGAGACAGGAAACUGACAUUUUUGGGAGACAUCCCUGUCUUGACAUGAGCGAGACAGUUUAAUACUAAGUUAAGACUUAUCCAACCCUCCAGCAGCAACUCUGCAAUGUUUUGCCUGAUCUGAGAUCCUUGAUGUGGAAAUACUGGGGAUUCUACCUGGGACCGUUCAGAUGCAAAGCAGAUGCUCUAUCAUUGAGCUAUAACCUCUCCUCCCUCCCACUUAACCAUUUGUGGGGAGAGAGAGAGAACUGUCAAUUGGGAAAACUUUUGAUCUACACACUAUUCAACCUUUUGCCUAGAUCCCCACACCACUGUUGUACUGCCGUUACCAAGCUAGAUCUGUCAUUCAACAUGUGCUGGAAUCAUCAUCUCACCAAGAAAUUGGAGGAAUCUGGGCAUCAAAUGGAGUUAGCUAGAGAACAAAGGAUUAGAUCCUGCCAGACCUUUCUCUGGACAAAAGGGGGGGUGGGGUGGUCAUUUGCACUGAUUUUCUCCUCCAACAGCAGUCCUCCAACUUGUUGCUGUUCCUGGUGGUCCCGUCCCACAGGGGGCAUUUAAGGCCAUGUUGGGAGGAGGGAAGUGAGAAACUCAUGGUUUGCUGGUGGAAAUCCUUCUCUCAACAUAUGGCUUUAAGGAAAACAUCUUUUUGUCUAAGAACUGGGAAUGUAAAGAAAUUCUUAAGGCCAGGCUAUGUAAUGCUGGACUUCAGUGACCGGAACUCCAGCAUUACAUUAGAAAUGUUAUUUGGAACAUUCAAGAACCACUCCAGGGAGAAGAUAUGGACUUGGGCUAUAGUGUUAGAGAAGGGGCGCGAGGUUAACUUUUCCCUCCAGUGCUAUACCCCCAGUAAAAAAAUGCUGUUUCCCCAGCCGGUUCAAAUCCUGUUGCAGAUGGGGGGCUUUUUUUGAUCUAGGAAAUUGUGCCAGGGGAAGUGUUAAUCUCUCCUUCAGUGCCAUGGCCCUGCUUUUUAAAACCAAAGAAUGCCUUCUUGGGUAGUUUGGCUCAAUUUCAUUCGUUCAUACAUGGGGGAGAAGUGAACUUGGUUUGGGCUGUGUUAGAGUCUGAAAAGAGAGGCCUCACACUUGAAGUUGCCUUACACUGAAUCAGAACUUGAUUCAUCAAGAUCAGUAUUGUCUGCUCAGACUGGCAGCAGCUCUCCAAGGACUCAGGUUAGAGGUCUUUCAUAUCACCUCAUGCCUGGUCCUUUUAACUGGAGAUGCCAGGGAUUGAACCUGGGUCCUUCUGUGUGCAAAGCAGAGGUUCUUCCACUGAACCACAGCUCCUCUCCUUCCCUGACAAAGCAGUUGGUUGUGCUUUGGGUGUGCUGGGUGUGCCCUGCUGCAUCAUGGGAUUUGGAACUAUUUCUCCUUGACCCAAGCCUACCAAUGAACAGAUAUUUAUAGGAGGAAAGCAUUGUUACCAAUGGACUUUUCUUCCAGAGAAAUCAAAUGACCCUGUGAAAACUUGCUUCAGACAUGCGGGGAGAGGGAAAGACAGAAAGCUUAGC